GCAGAGCACAGAGCAACCAAGAACAGAAGAAUUUCCAGAAUGAGUCAAGCUGAGGAAAGCAGCGGGAACUCAACAUGGAAUAUUGUGAGGUCAGUAGUCUGCAUAAUACUGGCCUUGUCAUUUAUAAUUGGCACUCCUGGGAACUGCAUUGUCAUCUGGACUGUUUGUACAAAAAUGAAGAAAAUAUCUCUUUCAGUCCUGCUGAUCUUGAACCUGGCCAUUGCUGAUGUCCUUGUACUGAUCACUUUACCAAUCUGGAUUUACUCUUUUGUUGACUCAUGGGUUUUUGGAACCAUCUUCUGCAAAGUGCUGGUUUUCAUUAUUUACUGCAGCAUGUAUGCCAGUAUAUUUCUGAUUACAGCACUCAGCUUGGAGCGGCUACUGGCUGUGUUUUACCCUUUCACAAUUCAAACCUACAGAAGAAAAGAAAAAAUUUCUUUAAUUGUGUUCCUCAUUUGGUUCCUGUCUGUUGCCUUUGGCAUUUCUGUCAUUCCAUUUCAAGAGACAGAAGAAAUGAACGGUCGGCUUCUGUGCACGUGUCGCAACUACUCUUCCAAUAGACAGAAAGUGUCCUAUCUUCUGCUGGAGACCCUUGCAGGUUUUGUAAUCCCUUUCUUAAUUAUUUGCACUAGUUAUGUGUGUGUUGCAAGAAGAAUAAGCAGAAUGACUUACCAAUCCAAGCAGCGAUCGGAACGUCUCAUUGCCACUGUCGUGGUGGCUUUCAUUCUGUGCUGGUUCCCUCACCACAUCUUCAACAUCCUGGAUGUCAUUUCUGUUGAAAUAGAGCUCUCGAAUGAGGAGAUGUCUUUGGCACUGGAAGAAAUUGUAGACAAAGGAGUCUACAUCUCUGGAGCACUUGUAUUCAUCAGUAGCUGUAUUAACCCUCUGCUUUAUGCUUUUGCUGCACGAAGGUUUCAGAACCACCUGAGGUUUGCCAAGAUGUCAAAGCUGUUUGAACAGAUCAGUCAGACUGUAACAGAGGAAGACAAGAAAAGAAAUCUGGUUGUAGCCAAACAUGAAGAUACUUUGGUAGGCACAGAAAAUCUCUAACAAGGAACUCAGUGAAUAAUCUGUGUCAUUUCUUCAGCAGUCCUUUCUCCUCAAUCUCUCUUUUUCAUUUACUGAGCAGUCCAGGGAAAGCUGUAGAGAAAGAAAAGCUUUUUGGGUUUUUUUCUUGUGUGUUUUAUAAGAAUUGGCAUGAACAACAUUGUUCAGUUCAUAAAUUAUUAUUCACAUCAUGAAAUGAGCACUAUUUCACUGUUGCUGAGAACAUCAACAAGGUGGCUAAAAGCUGAAAUUGUGAGGAAUACAGCAUUGUUACUUUCCAUUAAAAUUUUUUCUGAUUUCUAGAAAGUCUGUGUGCAGAAAACAGAAAAGAACUGCAUGUGAAAAAGAGAGACCUUGAAAGCUUGAAACUAAUGAAACUAAGGUUUUGUCAGAAAAAAAAAAAGUUGUUACAUGUUCAAAAAUCCUUAUACAAUCUAAAGUUUUAAGAAGUUAAAUUCUUUAUAUGGCUCAUAAUGGUUUUAAAUUAUUGUACUAAUGACACAAAAGUCUUCUGGGUUGAUGGAAAAUUCAAAGCUAUUUUUAAUUCAUUACUAUAUUUAGGUUUGAAAGUAAUAAGGGUUGUUUAUACAGUCAAGAUCAUUUACUGCAUUAUCUUGGGGUAAUGGGUUUGAACAAGUCAAACAUGGAGUAUGAGGACUGUGUUGUAUGGCAAACACCACUGCAGACUGCAUGCUGGAUCUGAUGGCAAACACAUUGCAUACGUCAGUGGCAAUUUGAUGUAUUAAAUAUAUGUACUUUGAGUAUCCUCAAAAAUUUUGAUUCAAAGAAGUUAAGCUUCCAAGAUGUCUAUUAAAUUGUGGAAGAAUUGGGUCAGGCUCAGGUGAGGAGGAAGGAGACAUCCUUCCUACUAAUUUUAU